CGGAUAGGGGUUGUUUCCUGCUCAUCUGCUCUGUCUUUGUAUCUCCUCUCUCUUCUCCGUCAACUCUUUAGUUACAUAAUCCUUACCCCAUUAUUUCCAUGGCUCUUUUCUGCAUGUACAAUUUGUACUUCUUUUUCUAGCUCUACCCUCCUCUCUUUCUGAUCCACUCACUACUUGCCCUUCCUUUACUUUUCCUCUCCCUAUUUCUCCUUUGUCUUGAUCCCACUCAGUCUCCACUCUUGCAUUUCUUUCCUCUUUCUCCCUACCAUCACCCCCUUUUAUACUUGUUUGCUUUCUUGUGUCUUUUCGCAUUUAAUCUCCUUCCCUUCUCAAGUUGUUCCUCAUGCACUCUCUCCAAUUCUCUUGUCCUGUCCUCGGUCCUGAUUAUUUAUCCCUCCUUUAGUUUUACUCUCCAGGCUCUUCCUUUUAAUUCCGUCCUUUAGAUCCCUUCUCAUUCCUCUCUACAUCGCCCCCCUCCCUCCUCAAUGUCUCCUCCCCUUUGUUUCCUGCCUUCCCCUCUGCCCUUUUUUAAAUAAAUGCCUCCAUCAAUUGGGAGGUCGAUUCUCAGGAUGGCUGCGAGUUCUCUGACUUUUGCCGUGAUCUUUGUGACUGCCAGCGCCCUCCUUUUUGCUGAAGCAGAAUACCAAUACCAGGAAGUUCAUGGAGUCCUUCAGAAUGGGAAUCGAUGUGUCUGCAAAAUGCAAUUUUCUGCAUGGGAAUUUCCGGUAGAAAGAUUUGGACAGUUACAAGAUCUGUCACAGAAUUGCACCAAAUCUCUAGAAGAGAGAAAAUUAGAGGCAACUUUUGUUGAGUCCAAGAUUCCAGAGUUCCAGAAAGAGUUAUUGAACCUAUCUGCUCAGCUGCAGCAGUAUGAAGCAAUGUACAAACAGCAACUGUAUCAACCACUCAACUUUUGGAGCCUCCGCCGGGACCUGAAACAACUCAGCUCAGACAUUGCAAAGGCGCAGAGUGUUCCUUCAUCAACCACCAACUUACUUCGCAAGAUCUUCACCGAGAUGCUUGAUGCCCGCCUCAGUGUGAAAAAUCUACAGCAAUAUGACAAGCACAAUCUACUGUCCAUGAAAGACCACUUGAAGAAAAUGAAGAACCGCUUGCAGAGUUUCUCCGUCUAUGGCAAUGUACCCAUUGGAAACUGUUCUGAAGGAAUUUUACUCAACGUAAGCGAGCCAAUAGUAGCACAACUCAAUCCAUACGGCACAUCAUACCAUUAUGGAGGCUGGGGUAUGGACUCAAAGCCAGGAAGUCCGCAACUCUACUGGAUCAUGGCACUGCAGUCUUCCAACAUUUAUGGGAAUUCAAUCCGAACCUACACUUCUUACAAAAACUUCCUGACAGCAAAGUCCAACAUUGAUAUUUCAGUGAAAUCAUCAUUCACCACCACCAAUGCGAUUCAGGGUCCAGGGGUUGUGGUUUACAACAACUCUUUGUACUAUAACUGUUAUAAGUCGGGAGAAAUGUGUAGGUUUGACAUGGCGACAAAAGCCAUCACAAAUGUUCUCCUUCCUGAUGCUGGUUAUGAAAACAAGUUCCCUUACUGUUACUAUGACUGCUACAGUCAUAGUGAUAUGGAUUUCUCAGUGGAUGAAAAUGGUCUUUGGGUCAUUUAUGCCACUGAAGAGAAUUAUGGCAAUAUCGUAUUGAGUAAAAUAGACAGCAUUAGUUUGGCUGUUAUGCAGACCUGGAAAACCAAGCUCUUUAAGAAAGCAGCAACCAAUGCCUUUGUGAUUUGUGGGGUGCUUUAUGCCACCCGUUACAUCAGUGAGACUGAAGAGGAGAUAUUUUAUAUGUAUGAUACAAUCAAUAAUCAAGAGGCCCAAAAUCUCAAAAUCCGUUUUGUGAAAUAUUCUCCAAAUGUGGCAAAUAUCCACUACAACCCAGCAGAUAGGAGACUCUAUAUUUUUAAUGGUGGCUACAUGCUAGCAUAUGAGCUCCGUUUUUAUUAAAUGUUGCAAAUUAGUUAUUUAUCUGUCACCACAUUUAACAAAGUUAGGCUUUCAAAUAUGUUUACUAUAACUGCAUCCACUGUGUAAGAAUAGCCAAGGAUGCUUAACUUAUAGUGCAAGAAAUACUUCAUUAGUAAACAUUAAAAGUCUAGAAAAAAAGCAUUAAUGUUAAAUAAACACAUCAUUUUGGUUAAAAAUUAAGUAAAAAGUGUAGGAGUCAUAAAUUCACAACCCAUUUGAUAUCUUCACUGAUCAUUAAUAUAAUGAUGGAAAAGCUUUGAUUCGCAACUUUCAGAGAAUGCUAGGAUAAGGAAGAAGCCAACUUCUAGAAUAAUUUGCUUGCAUUCUGAAAUCUAAUGUUUUCUCUUCAGAUUCUAGUUUACCCACUCUUCAACAGUAGAUGUUAAGGGAAUGUGACAUUGUGAAGCUUGAUGUAUGGAUUCAUUUAUAAGAUAAUUGGAUGCUGUAGUCAGCAAAGCAAAGUUGUACAUGAUUUUGCAAUUUAUGAGUCACUACACAUGGAAACAAAAUAUUUACAUGACUCGAGUUGCCUUGCUUGACUGUGCCUAAUUGAGGUCUGUUAAAACUGGCCUAAUGAUAUAUGUUAACCAACGAAGUCCAACAUGAUGUAUUGGAAUGAUCAGCAUAUCACGUAACCUGCAUUGUUCCUCUUUGUGUAACUUCUUUUGCCUGAAUAAAUUGUUAUAUCUAACUGCA